AUGGAUUUCAACUUAGUGCCUCGCGGCACGGAUCGAAAUUACACCGGCUUUUUUACAAAGACUAUUGUCUACUCGGCGACACUUGUUAUCUUCCUUGCCUCAUUCGGUCUCACACUUUCCUCGAUCAUCGUUCCGAAAUGGGUUAGCUAUCACAGUGAAAAGUUGAUCUGCUCCACCCAGCCCGCCCACCAUUACUCCUACGGUCUCCACCGCCGAUGCUCCUCGCUCACAGAUACCUGCGAAAGCUUCCCUCAACGCGAAGACUGCCACGGCGAAGACAGAUACUUCUGUUCCAUGUGGCGGUCUGUCGGGUUCCUGAUGUCCUUUGCUGUUGUGUUGGAGGGCAUUAGCAUUGUCGCAUACCUGGUCAUUCUCUCUGGUGGGAAACGGCUACGCGAGAACGGAUGGGGGAUUCUAAGUUUGCUGGUUUUGGCAUCUGUUGUUGUGCAGGCGGCUAGUAUGUCGAUCGUGGCAUAUCUCUUCGAUAACGAGGAUCGAUUUUUCGUCGGCUGGAAGCUGGACCAGUCUUGGAUCUUUUGCACUGUCAGUUGGUGUAUUGGCCUUUUCUGCGCAGGCGCGGUUAUUGUGGCUGCCAAGGUCCUUCCUUCUGAAGGUGGAUAUGAGUUGAUCCCUGACCAUGAUGAGCUGAGGAAUUCUUAA